AUGGCCCAUCACACCGUUGCUGUGGCAGGGAUGCUGGUGGAGACUGUUCAGGGAGCGCAGCCCACUAUGGACCAUGGAGGCAUACAUCAUCCACGCCUCGCUCUCCAUUUCGUUGCCGAUCCGAGUGAUUCGAAGAUCAGAUUUCUAGAAAGAAGAAAUUUGGGCGGAACGCAGCUCCUGGCAGCCAGAAUGAAGGCUUCAUUGUGGAUCACGGCCACAUUCCUCGCCUCCACGGUCCUCUCUAUAGAGACAUUGCCAUUCUCUCCGCCACAAUUUGCAGAAGUCAGCAAAAGGGCGCACGACGUCCUGCAAAUCCUGAAGCGCGCCGAUGAUAAUUGCCCCGGGGGUUACGAUCCUUGCACCAACCUAGGCCAUUCCGACGUUUGCUGCAGAAGCGGCUCGAUCUGCUCUCGAGACGCCGCCGAUAAUAUCGCUUGCUGCCCUAGAGGGGCAAAAUGCACAGGAAGUCUCACGGGGACGUCCACUGGCACAGACACCAGCUUUAGAUUUCCUGGAACCGCAACCGCGGCACCGACUACGACUACCAACGACGCUACAAUAACGGGCUCUACGUUGACCGGGGCUUAUCCGUUCAUCUAUGUCCCCACCACAUUUCCCAACGCAGGCAUAUGCUCGUCAUACUGGUCCGUUUGCCAAAGCGAGUAUUCGCAGUGCACUGCGGCACUUGGAGGCCGCUAUGGAGUCACCGUCGCCGGAGGCGGUGCAGGAGUCACGGUUGUGGGCGACGGCCCAACAGCCGCCGCGUCUGUUUGUUCGAGUUUGAGUCAAGCUGCUUGCCAUGGGCUCAACCUGGCGUACUGCGGCACGUAUGCCACGGGGGAAAGUAGCCCGAACAUUGCUGUAUCUGGCCGACCCUCUGGUUUGCAGGACUUGAUUUUUGGUAUGGUUGUUGGUGUGGCGGGAAUGUUUAUCUGA